UGUGUUGAAGAAAGUGCUGAAAUAAGACAAACCAUGGAGGACAGAAAUUCAGACUCUGACUCCCAAACUGAUGAGAGUUUAUUUCCAGACCAAGAAACUCAUGAUGAAGCAGUCCACAAUCAUUUCAUUGAGUCUGUCCGGCCUUUGAUUGAGCUGAUUGACUCUCUGCGGUUGAUCGGGCUUGAUGAAGAUAUCUGCCUGCCAUCCAUCGCAGUGGUGGGAGAUCAGAGUUCAGGAAAGAGUUCUGUUUUGGAGGCUCUCUCUGGUGUGGCUUUACCACGAGGAAGUGGUAUAGUCACUCGCUGUCCUCUUGAGCUGAAAUUGCAGAGGCUGAAAAACGGUCCAUGGUCGGGGACCAUUUCCUACAGUGGUCACAGAGAGACCUUUAGUGACCCAUUACAGGUGGAUAAACUGGUUAGAGAAGCUCAAAACAAGCUUGCUGGAAACACAGUAGGAAUCUGUGAUGAACUCAUCACUUUGGAAAUUUCAUCUCCGGACGUGUGUGACCUCACUCUGAUUGAUCUACCUGGUAUAACCCGUGUACCUGUGAGCGGUCAACCUGAGGAUAUUGGAGAUCAGAUCAAAAACCUGAUACUGAAAUAUAUUGCUAAAAGUGAAACCAUCAUUCUAGUUGUUGUACCCUGCAAUGUUGACAUAGCAACAACUGAAGCCCUAAGAAUGGCGCAAAACGCAGACCCAGAAGGACUCAGAACUCUUGCAAUUCUCACAAAACCAGACCUUAUUGACAGAGGAGCAGAGAUCGAUAUUUUGAACAUUGUCCAGGGCAAAGUCAUUCCUCUUAGCAAGGGCUAUAUUGUUGUGCGAUGUCGUGGUCAGAGUGACAUCAAUAACAGAAUUCCCUUUGAUAAAGCCAUAGAGGCUGAACUCAACUUUUUCAGAAACCACCAGUAUUUCAGCUCUCUACUGAAUGAUGGUAACGCCUCUACUCAAUGCCUGGCUGACAAGCUGACCAGAGAACUGGGUGAUCAUAUUAAGAAAUCGCUUCCAACCUUGACUGUGCAGAUUCAGAAUCGGCUCCUAGAUGUGCAAAGGGAUCUUAAAAACUACCAGCAGGGUCCACCUCUGGAAGAAGAGAAGAUGGGAUGUUUUCUCAGUGAGAUUAUACUGGAGUUCAGUGAUAAAAUUAAUGAAUUGAGUAGAACUGGACAUUCAAGUGACAAAAACAUUUAUGCACUUCUACGUGAUGAAUUUAAGAAGUGGGACACCAGGCUGAGAAGCACUGAGGAAUCAUUCCAAGCAUGUGUGACGGAAAUGAUAGACAAGUAUAAUGAGAAACAUCGCGGCAGAGAAUUGCUUACGUUCAGUGAGUUCUGUGAGUUUGAAUGUGUCAUCAAAGACCACGUGUCAACCCUUCAAGAGCCAGCUAUGGAAAUGCUGAAGCAAGUACGAGAUAUUGUUGAGAAGUUGUUCAUGCAGGUCUGUUCUCUGUCUUUUGAGCAAUACCCUGCAAUGAGAUACAUAAUCUCUAACAUGAUAAAUGAAAUUCAGUCAAAACAAGAGACAGAAGCAGAGAAAAGAAUCAAGGAGUUCAUUCAAAUGGAGCAACUGGUCUUCACUCAGGACAGGGUUUUACAGCAGAAACUCAACAACUCUGACAUUUUGCAGAAGAGUGGAAUAGAAACAAGUGACAAGAGCUACUUCGAAGAUGACACCGUUUUCAAUUCGAAAGGCUGUGCACAGUUGGAUACAAGAAAUCUCGUACCAGACAAACUGGUUCUCUAUUAUGAGAUCGUCUAUCAACGCCUUACAGACUAUGUGCCCAUGUUGAUAAUCCUCUUCAUACUGAAGGAUGCUGCCAAGACAUUGCGGAAUCAAAUGCUGGAACUGAGGAAUGGGGCAAAUGUGGUCAAACUGCUGAGUGAAGACUCAGAGAGAGGACUCAAAAGAGCUGAUCUAAAGCAGCGUUUGAAACGCCUCUCACAAGCUCAAUACCUGAUCAGCAACAGACUCUAAGACGGCUUUAUUAAACAUCUAUGGAUGUCCAUAAAGUUAGCAUAAGAACAUGAUCAGCUGCAGAUUGUCAGACAGCUUUCCAAUGCACUAGGGCAGGGGAGCCUAACGCUGUUUGAAAUCUACCUUCCUCAGUUCUAGCCCUGCUCCAACACACCUGUCUGUAAUUAUCAAGUGCUCUUGAUUGAAGGUGGUAAGUAGUUGGUUCCGGUGUGUUUGACCAGGGUUAGAGCUGAACUAUGCAGGUACAUCUCUAGGAACUGAAUCGGGCACCCCUUCAAUAGAGAUUUACCAAAAGGGUUAGAUAGAUAUAUAUACGUGAUUUAAUUUCACAAAAUCAGUAAAUAACCAAAUUUACAAAACUAUUUUGGAUUAUUAUAAACUCUAAAAAUGUUGUGCAUCUAGAUUUUUUGCUUCAGAAUAUAGUCACUGAUUAUGAUGAAACCUGAAUAUACAAUGAGUUCUAUGAUAGUUUAAACUCUCUGGGGUCGGCUAUCAAGCUCACUUUUUUUCUUAUCAGUGCAAAAGAGACUCCAAUUACUCUGCUGAUUUUGAUCUUGCAUAUAAGUUUUAUACAUCAUUCGAUCCUGUUAAGUGUCUAUUUUUUUAGUGUAUACUCACAAUAAAAACAAAGUGUUGUGCUUUGUCAAAUAAAGAAAAAUAAACAUGAU